AGUGCUAGGUGCGUAUCAUUGGAUCAGUAGCUGCUGCCUGCCACACUGUCCAAUCGCAUCAAGGGAGAGAGAGAGACACGGGGAAACGGAGAUAGAGGUAGCGAGAGAGAGAUGGGGGAGGGAGGAAAGAAAGGAAGAGAGGGAGAUUGAUCAUUUGAACGUCCUGGGCCUUGCGAUCCUUGGAAAAACACUUACUACAUCCAAAAAAAGAAUUUCGCUUCUUUUUUUCCGACUGAAGGCUUGAGGGCUGUUUUUUUUCCUUGUUUUGUUUUUUGAGUUAUUGCCACCCAGGAGACGUGCCAUCGCCACCACCACCAGCAGCAGCAGUAGAAGAGGAAUAUCUCCCAAUAUCCCAUCCCGGGCACGUCGGAUAAGCUGCAGCAGCGAAAACACGAGGCGAAUAUUGCGGUGGACAGGAACAAGAACAUGGUCCGUGGGAUUUCACACCUCUCACCCUGGCUGGGAGGCAGUUUGUGCUUGUUAUGGGGGUGACCGGAAGGAGAGAGUGACAGAGGAACAGUGAUGCUACUGUUUACAUAACGAGAGACUCACACACACACACACACACACACACACACACAUACAGACGCGCACGCGCACGCACACGCACACGCACACUCACCAGCACGCACACACACAAACACACACACACACACACAUGCUAAAAUCGCCAAUCCAGGACAUACACGCUUAAACACUUCCACACAUACAUACACACACAGACACGCAUUCAAGGGACUCGCUGACUGAGUCACCAUACACUCAGAGGCACAGAAUUACUGACUCACACACAGGACCAAAAACAGACACAUACACAAAAAGAAAAAGGUUGUUUGCAAGAGUCAGGACGGUGUGUUGUGUGUACUAUGGCCAAGCUGAGCAGCAGCUGUGUGUGAGCAUUGGAUACCUCUGAAGGGUCAACACAGCUGUAACCCCCCCCCCCCCCCCCACACCACACACCAUCAUGUCCGAGCCGAAGACCAGGAGAACUCCCUCUGCCUUGUCUUCUCUCCCAUCCUUCUCCCCAAUUCUAUCCCUCCUCCUCUCCCUCUGCCUCUCAAUUUCCCUCAAUCCGGCCUCUUCAUCGGCACAGCAGACUGUGCCUGUCAUCUCCACGGCACAAGGCCGCAUCCGUGGCAUCCUGACCCCGCUGCCGUCUGACCUCCUGGGGCCAGUCAUCCAGUACUUGGGAGUACCAUAUGCAAGGCCUCCAACAGCGGACCGGCGCUUCCAGCCGCCCGAGCCUCCUUUGCCCUGGCCAGGAAUACGAAAUGUGACGCAGUUUGCACCCGUGUGCCCGCAGUCGCUGGAUGAGAGGAGCAUGCUGGGAGAUAUGAUGCCUUCCUGGCUCACAGCUAACCUGGAUAUAGCGGCAACGUACCUCACUCACCAGAGUGAGGACUGUCUCUACCUCAAUAUCUACGUGCCCACUGAGGAAGACAUCCAUGAGGAGGGGGGUCAGCGGCCGGUGAUGGUCUACGUCCACGGGGGCUCUUACACAGAAGGCACUGGUAACAUGAUGGAUGGCAGCGUGCUGGCAAGCUACGGCAACGUCAUUGUCAUAACCCUCAACUAUCGCCUAGGAGUACUGGGAUUUCUCAGUACAGGUGACCAGGCAGCAAAAGGGAACUACGGCUUGCUGGAUCAGAUCCAGGCUCUGCGCUGGGUGAAGGAGAACAUUGCAGCAUUCGGAGGAGACCCAAGCAGAGUUACUGUGUUUGGAUCCGGGGCCGGGGCCUCGUGUGUCAGCCUGCUCACCUUGUCUCACUACUCUGAGGACCUAUUCCACAGAGCUAUCAUUCAGAGUGGCAGUGCUUUAGCCAGUUGGGCUGUCAACUACCAACCCAGCAAGUAUGCCCGUCAGCUUGGUGAGAGGGUGGGCUGCGGCAUCGACGACAGCACUCAACUGGUCGCCUGCCUUCAGGGCCGGAGCUACCGUGAACUUGUGGAGCAGAGCAUAACACCGGCAAAAUAUCACACAGCUUUUGCCCCGGUGAUUGAUGGUGAUGUUAUACCUGAUGACCCCCAGAUUCUGAUGGAGCAGGGAGAGUUUCUGAACUACGACGUGAUGCUGGGGGUUAAUCAGGGCGAGGGCGUGAAGUUUGUAGAGGGCAUUGUGGACUCAGAAGACGGUGUCACGGCUGAGGACUUUGACUUUGCAGUGUCAGACUUUGUGGACAGUUUGUAUGGAUACCCAGAAGGCCGAGAUACAUUGAGAGAGAGCAUAAGGUUCAUGUACACGGACUGGGCGGACAGGGACAAUGCAGAAACUCGGCGGAAGACUCUGGUAGCUCUAUUCACAGACCACCAAUGGGUGGCGCCAGCAAUCGCCACAGCUGACCUCCACGCUCAGUAUGGAUCCCCCACAUACUUCUACUCCUUUUACCACCACUGCCAGAGUGAUGCCACACCGCCUUGGGCUGACUCUGCUCAUGGUGACGAGGUGCCCUAUGUGUUCGGUGUGCCCAUGGUGGGACCUACUGAUUUGUUCAACUGUAACUUCUCCAAGAACGACGUGAUGCUGAGCGCUGUUGUGAUGACUUACUGGACCAACUUUGCCAAGACUGGUGACCCAAACCAGCCGGUUCCUCAAGAUACCAAGUUCAUCCACACUAAACCUAACCGUUUUGAAGAAGUGGCCUGGUCUAAGUACACCCCUAAAGAGCAGCUGUACCUCCACAUUGGCCUGAAGCCGCGUGUCAGAGACCACUACCGUGCCACCAAAAUCUCCUUCUGGCUCCAGCUGGUCCCUCACUUGCAUCAUGUCAACGAGCUCCUCCAAUCUGUGUCCUCCUUCACCCAUAGUCCCUCUCCACAGGAUGACACUCCUUAUUCUUACACCAAGCGUCUAGCCAAAGGUUGGCCGCCUAGUAGCACACGACACCCAGGUUCACAAGCAGGUACUCCACAGCCACCAGAGUCUGCUUUAGGCCAAGGUGGAGGGGAAGACGGGGUCCGUGUCCCCAAUGAGGACUACUCAACUGAACUCUCAGUGACGAUUGCGGUGGGAGCGUCACUGUUAUUUCUUAACAUCCUUGCGUUUGCGGCUUUGCUGUACAAGAAAGACAAGAGGCGUCUGGAGCAUCGCCGGCCACGUCCACUUCCUCCCCCGAGACGAGACAUCACACCUGCAGAUGUUGCGGCCCACCUACAGGGUGAGGGACUGAUGUCUUUACAGGUAAAGCAACUAGAGUGUGAUGCAGCAUCAGCAGACGAGAGGAACAACACUCACCACCAUCACACUCUGGAUACGCUAGACGCCCUGGACGGCAUGGACACCCAGGACAUCUACAGCACACUGGACACUGUGCGCCUCACUUGCCCGCCUGACUACACCCUCACCCUGCGCCGCUCGCCUGACGACGUCCCCCUCAUGACCUCUCUGACCCCAGGAUCACUGCCUGUGACUCCUGGAUCACAUCCUGUUACCCCGGCAACGCCGAUGACCCCCAUGACGCCUGGAUCAGUGGUGGGGAUGAGGAUGGGGCAUCCGCACCAGGGAUACACACACCAUAGCCCAUAUAGUAAUACACACUUGCCACACACACACAUCUCCACGCACACACACUCCACCACGCGUGUAUAACCGCAGCAAGAUACUUGCACACCCAGGGACAUAAUUACGACACCAACACACUAACUAACCACACACCACCACACACACACACACACCACACACCACACACACACACACACACACACAACACACACACACACACACACACACACACACACACACACAACACACACACACACACCACACACAACAAAAGACUUAAUACCUCUACUAAUUACCCUGCAGAUUGUUACAGAUGGGUGACAGAAAGACAUUUUCAGUAACGGGAUGAAAAGACAGACAGCUGUGUGUUGCACGUCGGGGAAUUGAAGACAAACUGGAUCCCGGGAGAUGCAGUUCUAUGCAUCAUUCGCUCAUAACCUUGAACAAGACGAACCAAGACAUCAACCCUGCUUUGGAUAUUAAAAUGUCUGCUUUUUCUACACCUGAGGAGGAAGAGGAGGAGCGCUGUGGAAAAAGGGUCAGUUAAGGAUCAGUUUACAUCUCCUACUGUACCUGUGCUGCACAGUAAGGCAGUGCUGAGACUGAGCAGAUGCAGAACUGAGCUAAGAAGUUCUACACACACACAGACUGCUGGUGUCAACUUGAACAACCUGUGAAAUGUGAAUGUAGCAUUUUUUUUUCUUUCAUUAAAAGAUCAAGGGCCCUAUCUGCCAAGGAUCAAACUAAGCUGAGGAGAAUAUAACAACAUUUCAGCAAGAGAUGGAUGUAAAGACAGGCAGAGAGGAAGAGGGUAUAAAAAAAAACAUUAGCUGAAGGAAAAGAUGGUCAGAUGGUGUGAAAGAGAUUGAGAUUUUACUGCGAGGGAUUUAACAGUUGUGAGAGCGAGAAAGACAAAGUGAGAUAGAGUGAUAUGGAAAACACAGGAAAGUGUGCCAAGAGAAAGAAAUUAGCUUCAGAAGAUGGAAGGGCCUCUGAAGUGUUGUCAGACUUAUUGAAGAAUCACUUUAACCAGCUAUGUGUUAAACUCUUGUAAAUAGACUGGAAAGAUACAGAUGAUAUAUUAUGAUUUAUAGCAUUUACCUGCUCUUGCAUUCAAACAUGACUUAUUUAACCACAUUAUUGCUUUCAUUUCAGAUAUUACUAUAUUAUUGUAUAGGUGUCCUGAAGCAAGGCUGGUUGUCUUUCUAUCUCACCCACUGUAUUAUGUACACAGUACCUUUAUGUAAAGGAUAUAUUUGCUAUGCACAGUCAUUCAAUAAUUCUUAACUGUGUAAACAUCUCGAAACCUGAAUAGUAGUUGUUUGACCAUUGGAUGAUGAGCUAGUACUGUGUAAAUAAUGCAAAAUUGGUUUGAUGAUUGAGUACCAGCCAAAAACCAUGACUCUUAACCCUCUAAUCCUAAUCCUUUCCCGUUCUCCUUUCCCCCCUUGUUCCUUACAUAUCUCUUAAAGGUCUAAUAAACCCAACCUUAAUUAAUGUGUUUGCAGACAGACAGGUGGUGAUGAUUCAGGGGCGUCCCACGACAGAGCGUGUCCCAAAAAUACCAAGAAUGCUUUCUUGUAUUUGUCUGUACAUUUCACUUCUUACCAGGGGCCCCAGUAUUUCUUGAGCCCCUAGAGCCCCCCUGCUUGAACUGCCUAAUGCUGACUGAAACCUUAUUUAACUAACAAUUGUUGACGCUUCAAAUCUCAGUGUCACCCAUAGUCUGUAGAAAAAUGUGGAUCUGUCACCCUCAUUUUAAUUAAAGCUUGGAGUUCUGUUUACUAUCUGCCACCAUGUUGUCAAUUGUUCAGAGCCAAAUUUGAUUAAUUAGGCAGAGCCUGGGCGGAGCUGAGGAGGGAUAAUCAGCGGCUUGAUGUGAAAGUUCACACUGAUGGCAAACGCACCUCCAAACAAUGCUUUUUAAGCACUAAUAUCCACUUAAUGCAGUCAUAUUUUUUUCAAAUGGCCACCAAGACAUUAAUUAUAAAAAAAACUCACCAACAUCUUGUGGCAAUAAUAUAUGAUUUUAUUUCAGAGAAAAAUUCCUGCUGACUUCACAGUGAGUGCUUGAGGGCAGUGGUAGUUACUGCUAUCACAACGCGAUUGGCAGGUUUCAUGAAAUCAGUUUUUACAAAUUCAUUUGACAAAAGAUGCGGCAGACAUAGCUGUCAUUAAUAAAUUACAAAUGGUCAAACUCUGUCUAUUUAUCUGGUUUAUAAUGUAAAGAUAAAAACCCUAUACAGUAUAUUAUCUAAACAGCAAACCCCAAACUCCCAACCCUUGAUCCUAACAAGUAACUUAACAAAAGGCCAUAAAUUGGAUAUUGUAACUUUCCUGUUUUAUCCUCUUUCCCUUCUCCUCCUUUUCUCCAUACCCUAAACUGUCCCAUUACCCCACUACCCCAGUCCUGCCCCCCCAGCCUCAUCUGUGUGACUACAUGCAGCUUUCUCACAAUGAGGCCUAUUUAACCUCCUAUCAUCCUAAGUAACUUCUUCAUGAGAGAUUUUAGUUAAUUGUCAACAGAAUACGUGAAAAAUGAAAGCCGAACAAUUUGUGGAUGACAAGCAAAGAACUUUUACAAAACGAUAUAAAAUAACAUUUAAUGGAUGUUUGAUUGACUGAAUAUUUUUUUCAUAUGGGUUUAUUGACUCAGCGGAUGCCUGGAUUGUGUCAAGCAUAAAACAUUUCUGCUGCAUUUUUGAAAAAUAAAAAUACCAGUAUUUUACAAUU